CCUCACGAACAGAACUACCCCACUCACGAUCUUGAGUUAGCUGCAGUCAUUCACGCCUUGAAGAUUUGGCGACACUAUCUCUAUGGAGGCAAGUGUGAGAUUUUUACCGACCACAAGAGCCUAAAGUACAUUUUCACUCAGAAGGAGCUGAAUAUGCGGCAGCGUAGGUGGUUGGAACUGGUUAAGGACUACGAUUGCACGAUUAGCUACCAUCCAGAGAAAGCUAAUGUGGUAGCCGAUGCCCUUAGUCGGAGGAGUUAUGGCCAGUUGUCCUGUCUUUUUACCGAGCAAGAUGUCCUUCUUCGGGAGUUCGAGCGGCUAAAGCUAGAGGCAGUGGAGUCACCUUCGACAGCCAGGGGUAUGUGGACCUUUUUGGUUGUAGGACCGACUCUUCGUGAGAGGAUAGUCGCCGAGCAAUCGAAUGAUCGUUUCCUUUGCCGGAUGAAGGAGUUGUCGGAAGCCGGUAGAGUUGGAGGAUUCGCAGUCGCAUCUGAUGGGGCCUUGGUCUCCGAGGGUAGACUUUGUGUUCCGAAGGUGUGGGAAUUGCGAAAGGAUAUUUUGAGAGAGGCCCAUAGUGCCCCGUACACCGUCCAUCCUGGUAGUUCGAAAAUGUAUCAGGAUCUGAGAAAGUCUUUCUGGUGGCGAUGUAUGAAGAGGCAA